GUGAAACUCAGGUGAAAAUGAAGAGUCUGGUUGGAUACUUUGGGCUCAUCUUGGCUUUUCUCUUCAGCUGCACAGGACAGGCUGAGGGACAGCGGACAGGAGGUCGAGGAACAGACUGCACACAGAUCAAGACUCGCUCACCACAAGCAUCCAGUGGAGUUUAUGCAGUCCAGCCUCCUGGAGUCAAGAAGCCAUUCAUGGUGUACUGUGAGAUGCGAGCAGAUGGAGGCUGGAUGGUGUUUCAGAGACGCAGUGGACAAGCAGUUUCCUUCAACAGGAAAUGGGCAGAAUACAAAAAUGGUUUUGGAGACGUGACAAAGGACCACUGGCUCGGUCUGGAGAAGGUUUCCUCUGUGACCAAGGACAAGACCAAGAAGUGGACCCUUAGGGUGGACUUGUGGGACCAUGAAGGUGGCACUGCUUUCGCUGAGUACCACGACUUUAGACUGGGAGAUGAGGACACAGCUUUCAAACUGCAUGUGGACAAAUACAGUGGAAACGCAGGUGUGAUCAUGAGACUCCUGAUUGGAGACUUCUUCACAGCCUUGUGA